CGCUAACUAAAUCCACAGCAGAUCAGAUCCAACACACAAACAAAACAAAAAGAAGAAGAAAUCUCAAAUAUUCUGCUCAACAAUGGCGUUCCCAAAGGUAUUCUUCGACAUGACCAUCGAUGGGCAGCCGGCGGGAAGGAUCGUGAUGGAGUUGUAUACCGAUAAGACUCCGAGGACGGCGGAGAAUUUCAGAGCCCUGUGCACCGGUGAGAAGGGGAUGGGCCGUAACGGCAAGCCGCUUCACUUCAAGGGAUCUUCCUUCCACCGUGUGAUCCCCAAUUUCAUGUGCCAGGGAGGAGAUUUCACCGCCGGGAACGGGACAGGAGGCGAGUCGAUCUACGGGAACAAGUUCGAGGACGAGAAUUUCGAGAGGAAGCACACCGGUCCUGGAAUACUUUCCAUGGCCAACGCUGGUGCCAACACAAACGGAUCUCAGUUCUUCAUCUGCACCGUCAAAACCGAUUGGCUCGACGGUAAGCACGUGGUGUUCGGGCAGGUCGUCGAAGGCUUGGACGUGGUCAAGGCUAUCGAGAAGGUCGGAUCGUCGUCUGGAAAGCCGUCGAAGCCGGUGGUUGUCGCCGAUUGUGGUCAGCUCUCUUAGAUCAUCACCUGACCUGAGUAGUAGUAACUCUUGGUCUCUGCUUUUGUUGUUCCAUUUCCAUUUGGUGUGUCACAUAAGUAAGUUUGGUGUCUUCUCUGAUUCCCUCUAGUACCCAUCAUCAAAUAAUGAAUGACCUUGUUUCAUACAACAUAUUUGUACCCUUUUUUUUUUAACUUGCCACAAAGGAAUCGAUUUCUUUUCUUUUAAA